UUGGUUGCCAGCGAGCCUGCGAUACUGUAUUGCACAGCACUUGUGCAACCCCGCAUUUCCCUGAGAACAGCGGCAGGUGUCGUUUUCUGUGGAGGUCUGUAGGUUCUUCUUAGUUAGCCGGUCUUUCUCACAUUCAAGGUUGUAGCAGUUUCAUCAACAGCUGAGACAAGAAUACGUCCAUGAGGAGGAUAAUUUUCCUUCUUUACAUGAUGGAUUUUGUUACAUCUCAUCCCCGCCCCUUCUGGGGCUAGGGGAAGACCAGAACCAACACCCAGCCAAAGAAGAUCUCCAACAAUUUUCAGCUCAGCAACAACACAAGCAGUUUUGUCAGAAAGAGUUUAAAUUCUUCAGCUAGACGAAGCCUACCAAAAGCAUGCCAAUGAGCAGAGUCAACAUGUCAUUGAUAAUGGCAUAGAGGCCCAAUCUGGUUUUUGGAAGCUGAUUCCUCAGAAGGCAUUUUCCCAAACAUUGCAGCAAAAGGCUUCAUCUGAGAAUCAGCAAAUCCAGUUCACAUUCCAAGAUUUGUUUUGGCUGCUUCUAAGUGGAAGUGUCCUGCUAGGCUCCAAUUCAGCCAUACUUGAUGGUUUAUUGGGCUGCGGUAAAUUGACGAUACAAGAGACUAAGCGAUCUUCUGAGCGUUCUUCAAAGUGCCCUGCGGUACGUUCUUCACAGAGUCGUGUGGUUGACAACAAUCUUCCAAGUGUUCUUGGUGUUUCUGCUGCGCCAUUGUGCCAGUUUUGGGGAAGCAAUCCCAGCGAUCUUGAUUUCCUGACGACAGGAAAGCGUUCUCUGCACAGCCAUGAGUGCCAAGUGCCAGUGCCUGUUUUCGGCACCUACGGACACUAUUUUGGGAUCCCACCGGGAGCCCAUCACCAGUGAGAAAUGCUGGUAUGACUUUGCUGUUAGGGAAUUGUCCCGCCUAGCAGCAGGAAAGGCCAAGGGACAAGAAGCAGUGUGGGGAGCCCAGUGCAAGCCGGCUUGGUGGGACAGCACCUGCCGGUUUCCCUGGAAAAACCCCACUGCCAACCCAAAGGUCAAGGACACUUUGAAAGUAAAGUUUGAGUGUCUAGAGCAGCACUUGAGAAAGAAGGGGAAACUUCCCAGUGACAUCAGGGAAGAAAUAGAACUGUGGAAGGCAGGCAAAUAUAAUGAAGUCUUCCUCAUGACAUCCUUCAGCAGCAUUCUCCGACAGGUUAGCAAUGCACAUGCAAUGAUUGCUGAAGCUCGUCGCAAGAUGGAAGAGCAUAGCAUCUCUGUCAAUCCCUGUAUUUUUAAGGAUCUACAAAACUGUCUUACUGGCUGUUUGCAGCAGCUUGAUGUCACAGAAAUCUUGCAAAAUCAGAAUGCACAAGACAAUCAAAAACACAAGCCAUCACCUCUACAAGGUAAACGCACACGCAAUACAGAGACACUCGCUAAAGACCUCACUGAGUACUCUGGUCCAGUAAAACAAUUAAAACUCUCUCCUUCUCACUCUGUAUCUUCUACUUUGCCUUCUUCACUGUCUUCAACAGCUAGCUCAGUUUCUCAGCAAACAUCAGUUCCUGUGCAAACUUUAAACCCUGAAUGUAAAAAACAGAUGUUAAAUUUUUUAAUGAAGAAAAGCCUCGGAGCAAAACAGAGAGAAGCUAUGGCCAUGCAAACAGCAAACGAAGCUCCACAGAUUGUCUGCAGUGUUGGAGCACCAGAAGAGAUUUUGGGGAAUGACAGCUUACAUAAAGUAAAAAUGGAAGAAUCCUUGUACACUAAACACAUUGCUCCUGUCUGUAGUCCUCAGGCUGAACUGGUGCCUGCUCAAGCCUCAGGUUCUCUGUUAAAUGCUGCUGCAGUCUCUGCUGAUCAACCAAAAUUUCAAAUGAAUGACCACGUGGGGAUUGAUUUCUUAGAUCUUGAUUUUGAAACAGGGUCAGGUUUUGAACUAAUGGAUAGAUUUUUGGAAGGGUCUACAGAAGCUUUAAGCACUAGUGAUGCUGAAGAAUCAAAAAUGCUAGAAAGUGACACUUACACAAUAGAUUCGCAAUUAAUGGAAAGUCAGAUCUUGCCUAUGUCCAGCUCACAGCUUUCCACUGAAACCAAUGACAUUGCAGAUGAACACACAAAGCACCAGGAUUAUGUAUUGACAGCAGCCUGUCUCAUUCCCACUGCAGCAGCAUGGCAGAGCUCUUGCGGUUUUAAGCUGCCCACAACAGUCGAAGGUGAAUACUGCAAGACCCACACAAAAAUGGAGGCAGAAGUUUUGAACUUGGAUGAUGUCUUCUGUUCUUCAGAUACUGGGUACAGUUCUGAUUCCUCCAGUUCAGUUGACACAGAAUCCAUGACAAACAGUAAUUCUGAGAUUAGCAUAGAAGAUAUGGAAAAUAUUCUUUCCUGGAUGACAGAUGAAGGGAAUUCCAGUCACUGAGAUGAUUUGGAUUUAACACUGAAGCCUAUUUGUUAGCAUUCUAUUGGCAAAGGGAGCUUAAACAGCAACAAAAAAUUUAAGAUGAUCGAAAAAAUGAAGUACAUCACUUUUCAGGAGAUGCAGAUUAUAAAUAUUUUUCACAGAAAGAUCAAAUAUAGACUUUUAAAUGGUUUAAAGGCCUUUAGUAAUUGCAGGAAAAGAACAAAUAUGACAGCUUUAUCUUGACAGAUUUCACAUUGUUUGCCUGUAAUGGAUUCAACGAGCAAUUGUAAUCUUUUCUCAAGUGUAUUGAGGGUUUUUUGGUGCACAGCAUGCACUUCUGUAUAUAGUUUUACUUUUUAAAGCAUAAAUAAAACACUGUUAAGUGUCUGUUGAUUGUUUUUAAAAUAUAAAAUAGACAAGGUGAAGAUAUAUGCUGAACUGUACAGUCUCAUUUUGUUUUGGUGCAAAUUCUUGUGUGAUUGUAAAUUUACUGUGUAGUUUAAUUUUUAUGUGAUACCAACUUCUGGCUGCAGUUACACUUCCAUAGUUUUUACCUAUGGUCUGUACUGCACUCUUACAGGCAGAGGCAAAAAACACAAGUGCAAAUAAAAAUCUGUUUGCAAAAUUGUAGAUUAAAAUCACUAAAACUAUAAACAUGAUUGAUAAGAAUUUAAAUGAUAUUUAGGUGUUUGAAAUAUUGCAGUAAAUAUUGAAUUUUAUCUCUGUCAGCAGUGUACAGUAUUUUAAAUUUCAGUAAACCAGAUUUCUGCACUGUUAAUGGAUUCAGAAAAGAUAAUGGAUUACAGAAAAGUUAUUUAUACACACAAAAAAUGGUGUGUAUUUGCAUCAAGCUUUUAAUACAGAAGUGAAAGAAACAAUCCUAACAAAUAAUUAAAAUAUAAAAUAAUUUAUGAAAAUAGCCUCCAGCACUAAUGUCUGUUGUAGCAAUAGGCAUUUAUUUUUAGAUGUAGAUUCUUGCUUGCAGCUUGGAAAUAAAAAUUACAUAUUUCAGAAA